CCGAGUCCGAACGCGGGCGCUCUCGGCAGCUCUUGGCUCUUCUUCGGUGCGAGCCCGGCAAGUUCGCUUCGGCAAGUCAGAGGCGACCCGACCCAUUUGCCGGCGUGUGCCGCGCUCCUCUCGACAAGGACAAACGCAGAUGACAGUGCUCGCGUUGGCUAGGGCCGAACACGCUCUGUCCACGCCGUGAACUCUCCUUGCCACUUGACCGUGUGCAUGCGCUGAGGAACAGUUUCCUGUCGGCUCGGCACGCCGGCACAAGCUCGCUGAUCGUGCCACUUGGCGUUCCUCGUCUGGCGCACCUCCAGAAACAACUGUCCAAGUGUAGGAUAAUCAGCGCUUCUUCGUGUCUCUCCUUUCGCCGGCAGCCCGCGACUGAACGAGCGAAACCGACUCUGCCAUCGCACGCCAUGCUGCCAGGUCCGGCGUCUGGCAAGCGGAGCAGGCUGGCGGCGGGCGGCGAGACUAGUGGGGGCGGCGGCCGCGCGCUCUGGCGGCCCCUGUGGCAGCCCGGCUGGCACCCGCGGGGGGCUCCCCCGCCGCUGCUGCUGCCCGCCAUGAAGGCCUCCGAGGGGGCCGCCGCCGGAGGGGCAGAUCAGCUCGAGGAGGCCCGCGUCGAGGCAUGGCUCGACGAGCACCCAGCCUUCGUCGGCGACUACUUCAUGCGCAAGGCCUCGAGAAAGCGGAGACGUUGCUAUCCGCAGGUGGUGGACUCGUGGCUGCUGGCGCACGCCGUGCCCCAGAGCGUUGUGCAGGCGAGCUCCCCUUGCCCGGCGGCGGACCAGGCCGGCUCGUCGGCCUCCUCCUCGUCGAUGCUGGCCGCGGCCCACUCGCUGAGCAGCAGCUCGAGCUCGCUGAACGGCGGCUCCUCCUCCGGCGCGGGCGCCAACAUCUCGCCGCCCAUGCGCAAGAUUUCGGCCUGCGAGUUCGACCGCGGCAGCCCGCUGCGGCCCAUUGUGCAGACCAGCUUCGACGGCACCCCGACCUUCCUCACACUGCCUGCCGCCGCCGAGAACCAGAGCGGAGUACCCGGUGUGCCAGGCGGUACUGGCCUGGUGCGCCCCAAGCGUCGCAGCCGGCAGGAGCUGCAAGCGCUCAACGAGCGCGAGCUCAUCUUCGAGCUGGUCAAAGACAUCUGCAACGAAUUGGACAUCCGCCUGCUCUGCCACAAGAUCCUCCAGAACGUCACGGUGAUCACAGACGCGGACCGCUGCUCUCUAUUCCUGGUGCACGGCGACCGAGACUCGCCGUCGGGCCGCUGCCUCGUGAGCCAGCUGUUCGACGUGUCGUGCCGGUCGACGCUGGACCAGGUUCGCUACGAAGAGGUGCGCGUGCCUUGGGGAUCCGGCAUCGUCGGCUACGUAGCGCAGAGCAAGGAGGCCGUCAACAUACCGGACUGCUACAACGACUCCCGGUUCAACAAGAGCAUCGAUCUGCGCACCGGAUACCGGACGCGGUGCAUGCUGUGCAUGCCCAUCUUCGACCGCGACGGCGAAGUCAUCGGAGUCGCGCAGGUCAUCAACAAGAAGGGCAGGAACGAGCACGACGUCUUCAACAGCAACGACGAGAAGGUGUUCUCGGAGUACCUGCAGUUUUGCGGCCUCGUCCUGCGAAAUGCUCAGCUCUAUGAACGGUCCGAACUUGAAAACAAGAGAAACCAGGUUCUUCUGGAUCUUGCUCGCAUGGUGUUUGAAGAACAGAGCACCAUUGAGCAGGUCGUAUACCGCAUCAUGACGCACAUGCAGUCACUGCUCGAAUGUGAGCGCUGUCAAGUGCUACUUGUCGACCAUGAGACCAAGACUGCUUUUCACCGGGUCUUUGACUUGGAAGCUAAAGACGCUCUCAGAGAAGACGUGGCUACAUGUACUAGCCCAUAUGAAGGCAGGUUUCCCAUUAACACUGGUAUCACAGGGUCAGUGGUCGCAACUGGUCAGAUUCUCAACAUACCUGACGCCUAUAAGGAUGACCGGUUCGAUCCAAAGGUGGAUGAAGGGAGCUCGUUCCGACACAAGUCCAUCCUCUGCAUUCCAAUUUACAAUGCCAAUCGUCUAGUCCUAGGUGUGGCCCAGCUCAUCAAUAAGCUUAAUGGCGAGCCAUUCAACAAAAACGACGAGCAGCUACUUGAGGCGUUUGCAAUCUUCUGUGGCUUGGGCAUCCAGAACACACAGAUGUAUGAAAAGGUGGUGAAGGCCAUGGCCAAACAAAGAGUUACACUUGAGGUGCUCUCCUACCAUGCAUCUGCACCCUUCGAAGAGGCUCUCAAGCUCAGUGAGUGUGUUCUUCCAUCAAUGCAAUCACUGCGGUUGCAAGACUACAAGUUUAAUGACUUCAGUCUCGAUGAUGAUGGCAUGCUCAAGGCCUGCUUGCGCAUCUUCCUUGAACUGGACUUUCUCAAUCGGUUCCACAUUGAGUACCUGGUAUUAUGCCGGUGGCUUCUGAGUGUCAAGAAAAACUACCGCAAGGUGUCCUACCACAAUUGGCGGCACGCCUUCAACGUUGGCCAGAUGAUGUUUUCCAUCCUUACCAACACAAAACUUCAUGAAGUUCUUGGUGACCUGGAAACCUUUGGCCUCAUCAUGGCUUGCUUAUGCCAUGACCUGGACCACAGAGGCACCAACAACUCCUUCCAGAUCAAGUCAUCAUCUCCAUUGGCACAGUUGUAUUCUACGUCAACAAUGGAGCACCACCACUUUGACCAGUGUGUCAUGAUACUCAACAGCCAGGGCAACCAGAUUCUGAGCCAUGUUUCUCCAGAGGAGUACACCACCAUUAUACGGAUUGUGGAAGAGGCCAUCCUUGCCACAGACCUUGCCGUCUACUUCCGUAAGAGAGGCCAGUUCUUCAAGCUUGUGGAGAACGACGAGUACCAGUGGACCAACUCCGAUCAUCGUGAGCUUCUCAGAAAUAUGCUGAUGACUGCUUGUGAUAUCGGAGCAAUCACCAAGCCCUGGGAGGUCCAGAGAGUGGUUGCAGAUCUCGUGACAAUGGAGUUCUUUCAGCAAGGAGACAUGGAGAAAAAAGAGUUAAAUCUCCAACCCAUUGACAUGAUGAAUAGGGAGAAAAAAGACCAGCUUCCAGCGAUGCAGCUCGGCUUUAUUGACUCCAUCUGUCUCCCAUUGUAUAGGUCAUUCUCUGCACUCAAUGACCGGUUAUACCCCCUGCUGGAAGGUGUCGAGCUCAACCGCAUGGAAUGGAAACGGCUGGCCGAUGCACAUGCUGCAGGCAUUAAUGGUGAUCGUAGCGAUAGUGACAAUCCUGAUGCCAGGAAAAAGACAUAAGGAGCCACACUCAACUUGGGCAGCUGUGUGUCAUGUUCAGUAACCUGCCUUGUGUUGCUACUCCACAUGUCCUCAUGGUCAGCAGGUCAGGACAGCUUCACAAGCUCACAUGUUCUGCCAAUGGGACCUCCAGGCCUUUCACCUACAGCUUGGCUGCAGCAUUGGUUCAACUUGGCUGGCUAAGACCAUGCAUUGUUACUGUGCCAAUCCACAACACUCCUGACAUGCCAAAAACAGGCAGCCAGGGCAGACCUGCCCUUCACACACACAUUUAACAAUAUAUACAUAUAUGAGAUAAGACAAUUAAGGCCUAUCAAUAAAUACCAAGUCCAUACUUUAGUGCAGUGCCAUCGUGUGAUGAAAUGACACUGUUAAACACCAUAAAAAUGAGGAUGCUGUCCUCUUUUCAAGUCCUCAUGUGCUGGUGUUCACCAUCUGUAGUGCGGCUUGCAGUUGGAAAAAAAAUAAAUAAAAAAACACUGCAUCACUGCCCACAGUCACUGGACCUAGUAACGCAGAGCAAUGGUACAUAUGUUUGUUGAGACAUCUCAUAUGUUGUGACUGCAGUGUCGCAUAUACUGUGCAAUCACUUAGUGGAGGUGCAUUUAUAACCAUGUACUUGUGAUAAGGAACUUGCAAGUGCACUUUCGCUACCAUCUUGUCAGAAAUUUGAGCUCCAUUUUUCCUAGCCAGCAGUAUUUUGUAUUACAUGUCUGACAACUGCUUAUCUGUGCAGUGAUAUCGAAUCUAUGUCCCAGAGUGGCUUGGUCCGUGAUAUGAAAGCGAGCUCACAAUCUUUGUUUUCAUAACAUUUUUAAAAGUGGCACUGCAGAAGGAGCCUGUUUUAAAGCACAAUCACCUUACGCUGACAAGGAGCAGUAAUAGCAAGGCCUGUGGCAAAUAUGCUCACAAUGGACACAGGUUUACAAUUCUACAUCACUGUCAAACAAAGCUAGCAGCAAAACACCACUACAUACGUCUAUGACCAAUGUUUGAAGCAAGUGUUCAAGGUGUAAUGCUUGGUCUGCUCAUUAGUAUCAGGUCACUUGUUAAACUGCAGCAGUGCGUACAGGUCUACAUAAGCUUAAUUAGAUUGUAUAGUGGCGAUUGUUUUUCACUGCUCCUCAACUGGGAAAUCUAAGCAAGUUAAAGAAAAGUCACGUCUAUGCUUUUCAUGAGCAGUAGCAUCUUUGUAUUAGUUGUAUUUUGGUUCAGCUGGUGAGCUUAGAGUUCGUGGAAGAGUCAGACUGAAGUUGCACCCACGGAGAAGGUGAAGAGUGGAAGAAUUUAGCACAUAAAUUGCAAUAUUAUCUGUAAGACGAGGUUAUUGAAGCCAUGUUUUCGAAAUGUUCUGGUGGAGCUUGCCAAUUCUGCCAGAGAUGUAACUGGUACUGAAGAGAUGAACUGCACUUUUUAACUAGCACAGCCUCUGAAAAACCACUUAUGUAUGCUUAAAUGGCCAACUGCCAGCUUAAAACAGGCAACCAGUUGCUUUAGAAUGACAGAGAAACUGCUGUGAAAAUCAGGUACAGUCUGUUUCACACUUAGGGGAAAACUCGGAGCGCCUUGUUUCCCCUAAGUGUGAAACAGACUGUACAUUGAUGUUGUUGAGAGACUAGGUAGUUAUUUUUGCAAGAUCACUUAUAGUGAGCACAGAGGUCAAUACAGAUUGGUAUAAUUUUACAUAAACAUUAGACAGCCCAAGUGGUGGAACUGAAAGGCAUGAAUUUUUCAAAAUAUAUGCUCUAGAUUGUUUCACAUAAAGCUUGCUAUAAAGCUGUUGUUCUUGGAAUUGUGCUGUUGGAUUGCAGUUGUGAUGGGUUUAUUUUUGCAUACUUUACAAAGUUUUUCCACAUUUUAUUCAUUGCUUGUAUUAGUAUUGUAGGCUGUGAAAAAAGGUUAAAGGCAGCUGGAUCCUAUUGGAACAGAUUUUACCAGAAUCAUCUUUUGUGUUUCACACUGCAUGUUGCAAAUCAUCAUAAGAAAGUGCACCAUGUUCGUAAUCUCUCAAUUUUCCGUGUUCUGCCAGAGAAGGUGCAGGAGGACUGAUGUGUGCGCAUUUUUCUCAGAUUCAACCUAGAAAUGAAAGUUGACCUAAAGUAGCAUUUUGGAAUGCUUUAUUUCAUUUUCUAUUCUUCAUUUAUUAUCCGUUGCACUGAGAGAUUGAUCCCAGUGAAAAUGGUGACAUGACAGCAUCCAAGCCAAUUAUGUAGAGCAACAGAAUGAAAAAAAUGGAAUGUAUUGCUACAAAAUACAUCUCCUAGUUCUGAUUUGCAGGCAUAAUAAUUCCACUUUCUCGUGUUUUUUUUUUUUUUUUCUAUAGCUUGCAGAUUAAUGCACCCUGUGAAGCUGCCAAAUUGUCCUUCACCAUGUCAAACCUCUAAGCAACCCCACCUCUCCUUAUCUUUUCAUUUCUGGAUAGAUGUAACACCGAAAGAGUUAAUUUUUCUUUUACCCCUUGAAGUUGCUUUUAUAUCUCUGAAAUUUAGCAUUUGCUUCCACCUUAACUAUGCAUGUCAUGUACUGCAUAGCACAAAAAAAAGGUUCCUUUUUCUAUUUAGUCUUAAACAUUACUAAGGUGCCUUUGGCACCAUCUUUAAGUCAGACUAUGUGUCAGCACGUAUUGUGCUAUAUAAGUAGCAUAAGUUUUAUUUGGUGUCAACCUUUGUUCUCUGUGUAUUUUUAGUGGUGCAUGCAAGGUUUGUACACGACACUUUAGACAGUGGUCCUUGAACUCUUUGGGCAGGCACAAGAAACAUUUUGGUACUUGUUUGAGGCCAGACUUGAAAACUGGUGUUUCUAUCCAUUAGUCUGCCCAUUACUUGUUACCUAUGAACUGACUUUAUUAUGGCACUUAUAUUAUACAAGUAUAUGUAUAAUGUUUAGAUGUCCUAAUGUCUUCUCUUUGUAUUUCUAGUAUGAUGCAUUCUUAUUUAUUUCCUUUGCAGCAAGCUGCUUCUCUUGCUCUCUCUAUGUUCAAAGACAUGCUGCUUUGUGCUUGUGACUUUGUAUGUACGUACACUGUAAAGUUGCUAUGUUUAUGCCUCAUCUGUACAUAGUCUUGUCAUGUCUCACUGAUCGAUUGGCACUUCUCUACCUCAUGUACGGAGCAUUUUUACACCCUGAGAGCCCUCCUGAAUCAUCAGUGGCAAGACAUUUGUGACUGGCUUAUCGAAAUGUGGCAAUGAUUGUUGUUAAAUCAAUAUAUAGCAAAGAAUAAGAAGGCAGUGCUGGUAAUCUUUGAACAUUCUAAUGCAGCUUAUUAUGAAACACUGAAUGAAAUCCUGAAGUACCCCAUGCACUUGCUAUGUCUGAGGGAUUUGUCAUAAGAAAAUCAGAAUGAGUUACUACAGGCUCCCCAUAGGAUCUCACUGAAUGUUUAUCAUAGGCUCACAGUUUUGAGAGUCAGCAAAUAUUUCAUUAUUUAUAUCAGCUGACAAUGUCAGGUUUGACGAUAGUAUGACAGGUAAUAGUACUGAAAUGCUUGUAAAGCAGUUGGAAUAACUUUGGCAAAAGCAUGACUGACAAAUUUCAAGGCAGCCAACUUGUGUAAAGAAACUGCUCGACUUAGAGUUAUUGAUCUUUCGAGGUACAUUUUAAUGUUGCUAUAAUCUACUGAGUGCAUGUUACUCUUAUACCUAAAACUGUGUAUGACAGCAAAUUUAAUGUACACUGACUUAUCAUUGACUACUUCACUCCUUACGAACCUGCCACAUGACUAACUGUCACUUUCUUAGUUCAACUGCAUUGAAUUUCUUUUUGUGUGUCUGUAUGUUUUGCCACAGGAACCCUGGCAUACUGCCACUGCAAAGAUGGAUUGCACUGGUGUUGUUUCCUUUGUUCCUCAUGUAAUGUGUUGGUGUUAACUGCCCCCAGGCACCCUUAAUGAGCUGCUACUACUGCUGAAUGUAUAGGGGCGGUAAAAAUGCCUGAUUUGGAGACAAAAGCAAGAACAAAUGAGCACAAUGGCAUCCUGAGGGACAAAAAUGUCAGCAGACAGUAAUGUCAACGGGCAUCUUGAGGGGGAAAAAAAUGGAUUGAUUUGAAAAUUCACUUUUAUUGCAGUAGGGUCUGAUCCCAAAAAGCAUACUGUCCUCGAUGAAUGGUACAUGGGUACAAAGUUUUGUAAAGUGACAAAGAGCUAUUUGCAGCCAAGGUCACGCUUGAACCAACCUCUACUUCCAUUUUAUUUUUUAUUGCAUUAGAGAUGCAAGCAGUGAAAAACAUAGAGAAUUGUAGAGAAAGGCAUAGAGAAAAACAUAAGAGCACAGGAAUAAGCUCAAUGUAGCAGAAACCAAUGAACACAACUGGCUUCCCACAAAGGUCAAAAACAUAUAGUACAGAAAGUAGCAAACUUUGCAUUUCCUUAUAGGAAAUCUGAUAUAUUAAAGUUGUUCACAAGAUCACCAAUUUCAUUACCAUACAGUAAAAACAUAAGUUUCAGACAGUCCUUUCAUGUCACGUCCUGUUCCUAGGUAUGUUUUUGUCAUGUAAUAUGUAAUUGUUAUAACUUGUAAAUUAAGAAGGGGAGUGUGUACAUACCAAUGUACUUGCAUGUGUGCAGGUUUCUUUCUCAUAAGUAAGCAUUGGUGAAUGCUUACUCAUUGUUAUUUCCUUUCCGCAAAUGUUUUCAAUGACAAAUUUUUCUAAAUUUUAUGCUGGACAGUUUUUUCAUUGUUAAGCUUUUUUUGCUCAGUUUUUGCUAACCAGGUCUCUGUAGUCCAUAUUGUCAUGCAAAUAUUGCCUGAAUGACUUUCAAAUUCACAAAAUAUGUGGCAUAUGUCUGCCUAAUGUGCAUUCUAGUGCAAUACCUAGCAAUUAAAGCUGUGGCAUUGCCGCAUUGUGGAACAGAAAUACAGUGUUCAUUAUGUUGAGUUAAAAAUGAACUUCUGUAACUAUGUAUUUCCAACACAUUCUGGGUUUGGCAUCAUUUGCCACAAUAUAGAUUUGACACAAACAAAGAUCAAGCUUUUGGUCAGUGCCUCUGCCUAAGGAAACUUCUGAAAUUUUGGUGUGCUCCAUGCAAGUUUCACUUCUAAGCAUUUAUUAAACCUACAGGUGCACUUAUAUUUAAUCCUAAGCUGGCUGCCAUUCAGAGGGAUGUAAGCCUUCUGAAUGUUCUCAAUGGUCGGAAACCUGUAAGCACCAUUUUUCCCUAUAACACUUGCCUUUCGUAGCAUCCGUGCUCUUUUUGGCUUUUCCACCAUGGUACAAUCAUUUUGCCGUCUUCUUACAAAACAAAAAGUCUUUUUGAUAAAAGCUGUAAGCUUUUGCAGUGCAUAGGCAAUGUCACAGCAAUGUUAGCCUGACAAUCUGUGCUGCUGGGGAAAAUGCAUUUUUUUAGUUGGCUCAUUUCUAAAUUGCACGUGUAGGGCAUUUCUAGGCUUCCCAAGAAAAUGUCGUACCAGACGCUGGAAUUUUUUUUUUUUUUUCAUGUCAUUGUUCGAAUUGUCUUCUCAUUAAUCACAUCUUUUCUGUUUUUUUUUUUUUUUUUUUUUUUUUUUGCUCAGACUUAUUGAUGCAUUUUUUACGUUGUGUCAAAUGUACAUAUUAUAAAUACUUGACAUCCACCUUUGAAUAGGCUCAUUCUGUCUUUAGUGCACUAACAACAGGAGCACUUUCUUGCCCUUGCUGCAAGGUCAGUUUGCACUUGGUUUUCAUUUUUAUGCUUGCACAUCCUGUAGACCAAUAUGUUGUGUCUACCAGCUUGGCUAUGCGUAUGGGUGGCAUGGUGCAGAGAGAGUUCGAAAACUGAUAGUUAUACAUUUGCUACCAGCUGCAAAAGAGAAGUUUGUAAGCACAACAGGGGCUCUUAGACAUGUCACAUCUUGAGCCUAUCUGUGCAAAACCCACAUUGUACAGCACUUGCCCACAGCAAUAGUAGCAUUCUGGUGUGAACACCACACCAUAUGUAUCUGCACGUUGCCGCAACACAUAGCGUGAAAUACUGAAUAUUCUUUUGACACUUGCCCCCUUCCCUUCCCGUGUCUUGUUGUAUGCGUUAUAAAUUAUCCAUGUUCAGCAACAUUUCUACUGUUACCAAACGUGUAUUUAUUGCCGUUUAAUCUACAAAUAUACUGUUCUCUUUUCGUGUGUCCCAGUUGUAUGUGCCUCGUGUCUUUUACAUGUGAAAAUUUUAAGAAUAUAU